AUGGCCUCUCAGCUGCGCCUUGCGACCAUAUGUGCCUUCGGGAUUGCGAUCCCUUGCGUGAGUUAUGCUGUGGUCUUGGGUGGUGGAAUUGGGGAGGUGAUGUUGAUGUUGCAGGAACGUACAGACCGACGCGUGGUGACACUACGGGAGGUGCUGUUUGGUGUGCGGGUAGUGAAGUGCUACGGCUGGGAGGUGGCCAUGGAGCAGAAGCUCGCUGCCCUCAGGAACAAGGAGGUAGAGGGACUGAGGUCCUACUGGCACUAUACAUGCGGCAUCACGGCGCUGCUCGUGGCAUUUCCGCGACUCCUCAUUUGGGCCGGCCUGGUGGGUUAUGCGGCCAUCUACGGUGCCCACGAUGUCGCGACUAUUUUCACCAGCUUGCAAAUUUUGGCCUGUCUUCGCGGAUCUUGCGAGAUCCUUGCCACCAGCCUGGCUCGUUGUGCAGGAAUCGCGCCGAGCGUCAGCCGUAUCCAGGCUUUUCUCAAGCUGCCAGAAGCGCCUCCAGUUUGUCAGAACGGUCAGUUGCCAGCCUGGCUGCACCACUGGUCUCCUACCGGAGGCCGAGACGAGUCGCUGAAAGUUCAGGGCACCUUCAGCUGGAGUUCAGACCCUUCCGUGGCCCCGGCAAUACGAUCUCUGAAUCUGGAGAUUUCUCGGGGUGAGCUGGUGGCCAUCGUCGGGGGCGUGGGUUCCGGGAAGAGCGCUCUACUGCAGGCCAUCCUAGGGGAGCUGAUGCCGGAUGAAACCGAAGUGAAGGCCUUCAUCAGUCGACCGAAAGUCAUCGCCUACUGCUCUCAGGUGCCCUACAUCGCGGAAGGUACUCUUAAGGAGAACGUGUUGUUCGGCCAGUCUUUUGAGCAACUUCGUUAUGAAGAAGCGCUGCAAGCAGCAUCGUUGGGAGAGGAUCUCAACGUCCUGCCAGGUGGUGAUCAGGUUCCCAUUGGUGCCCGUGGGAUUUCCUUGUCUGGCGGCCAGAAAGCAAGGGUCUCCAUGGCCCGCGCUGCGUACCACCUGAAUUCACAGCUAGUCUUGAUGGAUGACCCCUUUGCAUCCGUCGAUGCGCCAACGGCCAAAGUCAUCAUGGAGAAGCUUCUGCUUGGAAGGCUCAUGGAAGGUAGAACUUGCGUCGUGGCCACGCAGCCCGAUGUCGAGCGUCUUAGCAAGUUUCACAGUGUAGUGCUGAUGGCCGAAGGGAAGGUCGUACUCCAAGGAGAUCCCGAAACAGUCAUGGCCAGCGAGGCCUUCCAGAUGCUGCUUAGCAGCCGCGAGGGCGAGUCCUUCACAGCGCAGGAGGAUGCAGAGCCAAAAGUGAAGCGAAAAGCUUCAAAAAGCCGCGAGCAGGCAGAAUCUCUGCGCGAAGAAGAAUUCGAAGGGCGGCCCUCGAUCGCGCUGGUGAAAGACUACGCACAGAUUGGCCGAUACCGCCACUUGUUUUCCGCGUGCCUUUUGCUGGCCGUAAUGGUCUAUGUCUUCCUCCUUUGCGACUUAGUUAUAGCACAUUGGUCGAACGAGCUGGCCCUCAAUCCAUCAGCCAGCUCGCGCCCGUACCUGACGGCCUACAUGUUUUGGCUGCUGCUUUCGCUGGUGUUCUUCGUGUUCGGAUGGCACCAGGGUCAGACGUUCACCAUGCGCCUGUCCGCCGCAAUCCACAACCGAGUGAUCCACAAGCUCCUUCGAGCACCCAUCGACCGCUUCUUUGACAAGCAGCCUGUGGGUCGCAUCAUGAGCCGCCUGGUUGGUGACCUGGCCAGCGUCGAUUUGUCCCUCUAUGCGAAGACGCUGCAGACGGUCACGACCAUCCUUGCUACCAUCACCCCUCUGCUGUACGUUCACACCAUGGUCCCCAUGCUCAUUUCCGUGAUGGCGCUGCCACUCUACUAUGUGAUCUUUGCCAUCUAUACGCGGUACCGGAACACUUCGGUGCCCAUGCGAUAUUGUUUUGCGAGCACGAAAUCAGAUAUGAACGGCUUGCUCACCGACGUCAUGUCCAGUACUGCAGCCAUCCGCGCCUACGGAGACGAGGAGCGGCUCUCCAAAGAGAUGUGCAUACAAAUGGACAAGACGCUGAAGGUGUGCAUGAUGAGUCACAACGUGCUGAGACGUUGGUUGGGAAACCGUGUACAGUACCUGUGGGGCUUCCUGACCAGCACAACCUACGUGGCUGGCCUGCUCUAUCCCGACAAAGUCGGCGCAGGGACACUGGGUGUUUGCAUAACCAACUUGUUGAUGAUGCAAAAUUUGAUCGAGAGCAACAUCGACAGUGCCAUCGGGUCGCUAUUCGAGAUCAUUGCGCUUGCGAGGAUCCAUGAAUAUGUGGACGUGCCUCAAGAGAGCUGCUUGACAAGUAACACCGAUGCUGCGUACCGCAGCUUUACAGUGCGAGUUCCCCGAAGUGCCUUGGGCGUGUUGAAGUGGUGGCGCCAUGGCGAGAUUGUGCAGGUCUUCCGAGGUGGAAAGCUAUUGUUGCAGUCCUCUGCAGACAACAAGGCUUUGCUGCCAGCGGUUGCCUUCGAAAAAGAGGGCUCCCAGCUGCACGACCUCUGCCUUCAAAAUGCAAGACUACGGGAGGCACACGCCUGGCACCGGCUCAUUGGGGUGAGCGAUGUUGUUGGCGAUGCAGAGCAGAUGGCGCGUGAACUUUGCGGCGAAGGAGCCCGCAGCCCUGACGUGGUGCUGGACGUGCGCAGUGGCUGGGUCGCAGAUGGUGCAAAGGUCGAGAUGGAGAAUGUCAAGGCUGGCUACGCCGACAUUCCUCGAGAUGUGCUCAAGGGUAUUAACCUUGUUUUCCAGCCCAAGACCAAAGUCGGCAUUGUGGGCACCACUGGAUGCGGCAAGUCGAGCCUACUCUUGGUGCUCCUGCGCAUCCUGGAGCCAAGAGCUGGACGGGUUCUUAUCAACAGUGUGGACACGCAGAAGCUUGGCCUCAUGACCUUGCGUGGAGCGUUGGGUCUGGUGCCACAGGAUCCCAUUCUCUUCACCGGCAGCUUACGUCACAACCUGGACCCCUUGGAGUACUACACGGACGGACGAAUCUGGGAGGCUUUGCGCUGUGCGCACCUCGACGGCCUUGUGCGAUCCUUUGUGGGCGGUCUGGACUAUCAGGUUAGCGAUGAGGGCUCCAACUUGAGCUUUGGGCAGCGGCAGCUUUUCUGCCUGGCGAGGAUGGUGUUGAGGCAGCCUUCGCUGCUGUUGUUGGAUGAGGCGACAUCCGCGAUUGAUCCUCGAACGCAGGAGAAUGUGCAGGAAACUAUCAGUGGGCACCCCAGCAUCCGUGCAGUGGCGAUUGUGCAAGCAAGGUCAUGCUUUUCCAGAUUCGACACUGGUGGCGAUUGCGCAUCGCCCGAAGACUCAGUGCUGAAGGGUAACGCUAACGACAAGAACGAAACUCCAGCGAGCAAGCAAGAAGCAGGGCUAACUUCUCUUCUUCGAGAGUGCAGCAUGUCAGGCCUGGAGACGGUGCUCGAAUUUGACCAAGUGGUCGUGCUGGAUUCUGGGGAGGUUGAAGAGUGGGUGGCUGAGGAGAGGUCAAAUGGGGGCUACCCCGAGAUCGCCCCGACCCCAAUCGAGAUCGACCCCGCCAAAUGUGCCGGAAUGGGGGGCAGGUCUCUCGCUCAACCUUCAAACGGUCCUAGGGCCGAGAAGAAGGUGCUGGGCCUAUGCAAGCUCUAUGUGCUCCGUGAGGACGCCUGGGAGGACAGAGGAACUGGGCGGGCCUCGGUUAAUUCCGCUGCACGAGACAAGAGGCUGCAAGUGCACGACGAAGCCGGCGAGGUGAUUCUCUACGACCGGCCUGCCCUGCCACCAGAGAGCUAUCGACUGCAGGGGGACGAUGCUGUAAAAUCCAUCGUCGUGUGGGAAGACGUGGAGCAGCAAACAGACUAUGCACUGAGCUUCCGAGAUGCUGAGAGCGCCGCCCAGCUUUUUGCCGAGCUGCGCCUUGAGACGGCUGAGCAUGUGCUGCCUUCGCCAAAGACGGAGAAUCUUCCAUUUCUUGCCCAGCGCCUGUCCUUCGUGCCGCCGCCCAUGCGUGCUUUGGUGGCCAAGGAGUGCAUGGACCCCCAAUUCAUCGCUGCACUUCGCCAGGCCUUCCACAUAGCGGAAGAUGCUGGUGCUGAGCAGGAAUUAGUUGUGCUCUGGCGCAUCGUCAAAGGCGUCUUUCUGCUGGCGGAUGCAAAAGCGACCCAGCGUUACCUGAGGCAAGACCUGUACGAGGACGUGAUGGGCAUGCUCGAGUAUGAUGAGGGCAUACCGAAAGAAAGGCGCAUCUGUCACAGGCAAAUGCUGAAGGUGGCCGUUCGCUUCAAAGAGGUCUUGACAUUCCAAGAUGCUGAGAUGCUUGAGCUGAUCCACUUGAACUACCGGGUGCAGUACCUGAAAGAUGCUGUGUUACCACGCGUUUUGGAUGACGCAGCAUUUGCUUCGUUGUCCAACCUGGUGAUCUCCAACAACACCGUUCUGCUGCAUCACUUGGAAGGGAGUGAGCCGCUGCUGAAGCAGCUUUUCGAUGGGCUGAGGCAGAAGGAAGUGCAAAGUUUGCUCUUCCUGCAGGAUGCCUGCCGUUUGGCCAAAUCGAUGCAGCCAGUUCAGCGGCAGAAGCUCUACAAGAGGAUGCUGUCGCAAGGCAUGUUCGAGGUGCUGAUCCCUUUCUUGUCUCCGGAGGAGAACGCUUCCAGCACUUCCGAGGCACCUCUACCGCACCACAUGGCCAUGGAGAUUCUGGUACAAAGCGCCCUUGUCUCUCAAGACGACUUGAAGAUGUUCAUGCAUCGGCAAGCCCUUGGGCCUGAGCCAGGGGGGGAGCUCCUCGACAUCCUGAUUCGCAUGUUGUUUCGGGAUCCGGACCACGGCGUCCAGAGUCAAGUGGCUGAUGUGCUUCAGCUUGUGAUGAGUUGGAACGGGAAGGUCAAUCAAAAGCAAUUGGAUAGCAUCUACGCCUUGAAGAUUCUUCAACGCCUGGCAUGUCCCCUGAUCCAGACUCCGGCUGAGAACAAUCCGCGCCUUCGGCUCCUCAGCCAGUCCGAGGCUUAUGCGAUUCAGGUGGUUUGCGAGCUGUUGGCAUUCGCAGUUGCGAACCACCGCUCGAUGCCGCUUUCGUUCAUGACUGAGCACAAAGUUGCCUACAAGGCCACGGCUUUGGUCCUCGCGGCACCUCAUCGGCACCUGCAGUUGGCACCCGUGCGCCUUGUCAAGGCCAUGGUGAAAGCGAUGGAUCACAUCUACCUCUGGGAGCUUCUUGAAUGCAACGUGUUCGGGCUGCUUUUUGAUUUCUUGGGGCGAAGCAUGCAGCUGCCAGGUUUGGGCGGUGGAGCCUUUGUGUCUGCGAUGUCAGAGCUCCUGGACGUGAUUCGUAUGCAAAAUGCGAAGCCAUUGGUCACCGGCCUUUGCGAACAAUACAGAGGUAUCCUCGAGGCUUUGUCCCAGAACGUCAAGUCCGUGGCUGCGCUGCUGGAGCGAGAUGCGAAGAACAAGGAAGAGAAGGCCCAGCAGGAAGCCCGUCAGCAGAAGAAGUCGUCGCUUCGCCGUGCUCGUCAAUUCACGGAUCUUGCUGGUGAAGGUCUCGUGGAUGAGGAAGCCAAGAGCAUUGGGAUUGCAGCACAUGCUCCAGAGCAGGCCCCGGAGCUGCAGGCCCAUGCGCCCAUUGUGGAAGAGGUGGGAGGCGACGACGAUGCAGCCUUCAACAGGCCGGUCAUUACGCCCUUCGCUUCCGAUUCCUCCGAUGAUUCGGACGAUUCGGAUUCCUCGGACUCCUCCGCCAUCUCAGAGGACAGCGACAGCGAUGGUGACUAUGAGCAGCCCGAGGGUGAGGAAGAGGAAGAAAGCAGCAGCGACGAUGACCAUGAGGAAGUUGUGGCAGCCCAGGUCGCGAGUGGCUCACCCAUGCCAGUGGUCACUGCGACGCCUAGCGGCGCAGCUACUGAGACUGUUUGCGAGGAGAGCAUGGCUCAAAGCGGCGAUGCUGCAGGUGCGACGGCCAAUGAGGUCAUACCACAGCGACGCUCAACUGUCGGUGAUUUUGCCGGGCUGUCGCCAGACGGUGUGGAGAUGCAGGAAAGUUUGGACACCUGCACCAUCGAGGAGCUGAAGGAGAUGAUCACAAGAGAGAUCAUGGAGGCCAGUCCCCGAAACGGCGACGGCGCAGCCUCAGAAGCCAAGGCCGCACCAGCUCCUCCGAAGCCUCGCGUGUCAGGCACCCCGCACUCCGUCGCUCGUGCCACCUGCGACAAGAGUUGGAACCGCUACAGGAGAUUUCUCGCCGGUGCGGCAGCCAAGGGGGUGGAAGUGUGGCCGCCCAAGGUGCAGGACAGCAACCAGCAAGCUGGAGCACGUUUGAGCCACGCUCCAAAAAGGGCCCGCAUGGAAACUCCGGCGCCGGUUCCCGCCUGA